AUGACCGUUCAAGCUACGAAUGGCCAGGAGUGUGAUCGGGCUGUCGCGGCAAGGUCACUCCUCAAGCGAGCCUUUCAGAGCUAUGAUAGCUACUAUGGCCUCUGUACCACGACCUGCCAGGUGUACGAUACUGCCUGGGUGGCCAUGGUGGUCAAGACUACAGACGGCGUAAGGCAGUGGCUAUUCCCAGAAUGCUUCCACUACUUGCUCAAGACGCAAUCGUCCGACGGUAGCUGGGGGCUUCUCCCGACAACACAAACUGCCGGUAUUCUGGAUACGGCUUCAGCUCUACUUGCACUCAUCUCGCACGCCAAAGACCCUCUGCAGAUCUCAGACAUUUCGCCUACUAGAAUCGAUCAAAGUAUCAAGCUCGGUCUUGCUUCUCUUAAGAAACAGCUGGCCACAUGGGAUGAUGUGGAAAAGACCAACCACAUUGGAGUUGAGUUGAUCGUGCCGGCUAUGCUCACCUAUCUCCAGAAGGAACAUAGUGCAUUCCCCUUCGAGUUCAUGUUCCCUUGCAAAGAGGCUCUGAAUUCCAUGCAUGCAGAGAAGAUGAAUCAAUUUGACCCAGAAGUGCUCUAUAGUAAGAGGCCUUCAUCAGCACUCCACUCUCUUGAGGCCUUUCUUGGGCAAAUCGACUUUGAUCGGGUGUCUCAUCAUUUGUAUCACGGGUCCAUGAUGGCUUCACCUUCGUCAACUGCUGCAUACCUUAUAGCGGCCUCUCAAUGGGAUGACGAAGCUGAGCGCUAUCUGAGGCAUGUAUUGAGAGUAGGAACUGGCCAUGGUGAUGGUGGUAUUCCGGGUACCCAUCCAACAACACACUUUGAGUGCAGCUGGAUCCUGGCGACGCUUCUCAAGGGCGGCUUCUCCAAGCAGCAACUCGAUUGCGAUGAGCUGCACGGCCUGUCUAGUAUUCUGGAAAGAGCAUUCCAGAAUGAAAAGGGAAUCAUUGGAUUUGCGCCCCAUACUGCUGAUGUUGAUGACACGGCUAAAGGUCUACUUGCAUUGAGCCUGUUAUAUCAGCACGUUAGCCCAGAUGCAAUGAUCAGAGUUUUCGAGGCUCGAGACCAUUUCACAACCUUUGGGUCAGAACGGGAUCCAAGCCUAACUUCUAACCUCCACCACCUAAGCCAUCUGUACCCAACUAUGCUAUUUGUGGAAGCCUUCACAGACCUGCUUGAACUUGUUGACAACGGGGAGCUUUCUGGUCUCAUCGACCAAGAGUGGCGACUCAGGAUGGGCGCGUCGCUUUUUCAAGCAUGCCUCCGAGUGAUGCUAGAACAGCAAGAUGACGGUUCUUGGGGUGGCUAUCGCGAGCAAACAUGUUAUGCUGUUCUGGCGCUCUCUCAAGCCCGCCGCUUGUGUUUCUUCAACGAGAUUCGUGCCAAGUUGCAAUCCUGUAUCGACCAGGCUUCUGCUUGGCUGCGUUCGUCUAGUCCGCAUUCGUGUGACCUCGCCUGGACCUCCAAAACCGCCUAUCAGGUUACAUUCGUUGCUGAGGCCUAUGAACUGGCAGCUCUUCAGUCAUCAAUGCCCAGCAAUUCUCUUGGAAACAUCGGCCACAGUCUCACCCUUGCGAUCGCAUCAAGUGACCUGGAUGGCUACAUGCGACUAGUCCGCCAGACAGCGCUGUUCUCAUCUGUUGACGAAUGGCAACUCCGGGCAUCUGUCAUAGAAUCCUCCUUUUUUGUACCUCUAUUACGAGCUCGGCGGUCUGACGUCUUCCCGAGAAACGAUGGACUACUUGAACAAGACAAAUACCUAAGCGUCAUUCCCUUCACUUGGAUAGGGUGCAAUAACCGAAGCCGGACGUUUGCAUCCAACAGCUGGCUCUACGACAUGAUGCUCCUGUCUUUGCUGGGCUAUCAGACAGAUGAGUAUGUGGAAGCUGUUAUUGCACCCGCUGUCGGUGAAGGAUUUCAGCUGCGGGAAGCCAUCGAUCGAAUCAUCGAUAGCAUUAUGCGGGAGCCGACCGCAGCUGGGAACGGUAGCCUCACUUUAACGGAAAACCUCAAGGGCUGCGAGACAAACGGCCACCGUGAUCUGUCAUCUCCUUUCGAAAGCAUCCUCAGCUCACUCACUCGAUUCGCCAGUUAUGUGCUGAACCAUGAGGCAGUGCUGAGGUCGAGCAUGUGGGACCGCGAGAAUCUGUGCCGAGAGUUCAAGACUUUCCUGCACUCGCAUGCAACUCAAUUGGAGGACAACUUCCGCUUUUCUCAACAGCCCAACGGCGAGACGUUCUCCUCUCCCACGCAGACAUACUUUAAAUGGGUUAACAGCACUGGAGGUAGCCACGUCGCAUGCGCGUACUCAUUCGCAUUCUCCAAUUGCCUUGUGUCAGCUUCCCUCUGUCAAGGCCAAGAGGCGUUUCCCACCGUAACGCAAAAGUAUCUAGCCUCUGAUAUUAUGCGCCACGCAACAGCAAUGUGCCGUAUGUACAACGACUUGGGCUCCAUGGCCCGGGAUGAAUCUGAGCGCAACCUCAACUCGAUGCAUUUCCCGGAUUUUGCCUCAUGUGGAACAACAUCGCCCGAGCCUGCAGACAGCAGGAUGGAAAGACUUGGACAGCUAGCUCAGUACGAACAUGCCUGUCUGCUCCAAGCUCUUGCAGCUCUGGGAAAAGAAUGCCACAAACCUUGGAGAAAGAAUGGGGCGAGUUCAAUCGAGGCCAGAAAGCUUAGCAUUGUAAGAUUGUUCUGCGAUGUCACGGAUCUAUAUGAUCAGCUCUAUGUUAUCAAGGAUAUUUCGAGUCGCUUGAAAUAA